AUGGCCUUCACCCCAGUACUUGCCUGCCGGCCAGCCGUUUAACAGUGGUCCCGACUGAACGACCUGAUUCUUGAUCCCCACAGAGAGCAGAAAGAGUUACCCUCCAGCUGGGUAGGCCUGACGCCCUCUCUUUGCCUAGACCACUCGAUGGUCCGUCCUCGGUGUCCGGCGCGCAACUUGCUCAACUCGACAUUGGCGCUGGUCUUCGCUUUCGCUAUUCGUUUGGAACCCCAUCUUUGCCGACGACUGGCCAAGUUGCCCAGCGUUUUCGUCUCCAUCAUCCACAAGAGAACUCAAUCUGAAUGCGACGUCACCCAUAAGGUCCAACGACAGUCUUCAGCAGAGUCGUCUUGGCGAAUCCCGAAUGCCGUCUUGGUGGCCAAGGGACGUCGUCAUCUCCAUCAUCACCAAGGGUUCCUGACCAGUUUCCUCCUGCGACGCAUAAACCACGCAGCCGGUGACUGGUCACCGGCGAGCGUGAGCCAAGACGACUUCUCCUCAUAUUUCGUCAGCACCGCCCGCAACAUUCGGCCUGUCAGUCGGUUCAUCCAACAUCCGCAAGAUCUGCGUUGUCUACGCUGUCACUGUCACUUGACCCAGGAUGAACCGCACCGCGGCCGGAACGUCUCAGCGAGAAACACUGGCGUUGCUUCUCUCGCCACUUAAGAUUCUGUCUACAUGGAACUCGUGUAUCGGUUCUACGGUGUCUGAGGAGGGACUCAAUGCAUCAAAAGGCGGCAAGAGAAUGGGAAUCCGCCACUCCUUGAAAGAG